AUGAAAGAACUCUGUCAGCAAUUAUCAGAAUUUAGCAACUUAACACACUUGACAGUCGACAAGAUGGAAACCUUUUGGUCACUUACAGACUAUGAUGAAAUAAUCCAGCUUUGCCCUAACUUGACGUCUUUAAGCGUAAAUUCGAGGACAUCUGUAUUGGAUGUGAAAAGCAGAUCACCAGCCACUCUUGAUAUGUUAUCUAUACAGCCGCACAAAAAUAUCACAACCGUACGUGUAUGCUGGUCCUCUCUUCAAGGCAGUGUUGAAUAUAUCAUGCAUAAAUUUCCCAAUCUUCGAAAUUUGAUAUUGCGAUUUGGCGUCUAUAUCCCUUUUGCUCCUGGGAGCCAGUUGGAAGACUAUUUUGCUAAUGUCGGCGAUAGGCUUAUGGAGUACCUAAGCUCAAUGCAAACAUAUGAAAUUAAUGCAACGGGAUCAUUUUCUUUGCUUGAAGCGUAUUUAAAACAUACGACCAACUUACACGUUUGCUUUGAAAGUAUGAGAGGCAUGUCUCCAGAGCUUACCCUGCAGCAGACCAGAAUGGCACGUGUACGUUUCAGAAACACAUCAAGGAAUAAAGAAAGGCUGUUACAGAUGCUCCAAAGGCAUCAACACAAUAUCACAAGUUUUUCCUUGAAUCUUGAAUUAAAUUAUAGAGACCGCGCCGCAUGGGUUGAAGAUAUUCUCACUACUUGUACGCAAAUGAAGGCUUUCCACUACUGGACAUUUGCGCCUUUCCAGCCGCCAUCACAAGCUGCAAUAGAUGCAAAUGUGCCUUUGAAUUCGACACUAGAUACUCUUACACUGAGAGUGCGUGCCGUAGAAAGUGGGUCACUUGCUGGUUACUUGCGUCUCUUGCCAUCAGUACGUCAUGUAAACAUUAAAAUUACUUGCUCCUCUAUGGAUGAAGUUGAAAGUAGAGUGGAUAUGCUAUUCGAUUCCUUUGAUACUGUGGAUCAAAGUCAUUACAGCAGCUUAAUAGAUGUGUUUGGUAGAAAGGCUCUAUUAGUAAUUGAUGGUGAUUAUUUGCCAGAUAAAAUGAUAUACUUGGUAGACAUACAACACAAAAAUAGAGUAACCUGGGAACGAACUGAAAGAGUAAACGAGAACGCUUUGAUCAACGUUUUCAUCGAAAUAGAUCCAAUAGAUGAGUAUGAUGAUUUAUAGGAAUAAUCGAUUUUGUUGGCGCUAUGACCCAUAAUGCGCUUAGUAUUAGACUUUCCAAUAAAAGCAUGGCAUAUUUUGCCAAAUAGUCUCUUUCAGCUUUCACCAACUCUUUAAUUAGUGUGAUCCUAAACAACUCUUCCAGAUUAUGCACCGUUGGGAUGCUGACUCAGCCUUCUCUUUUCUGACUGUAGUAGGUCAAUAAUGCUCAGAUAUUUGAUACGCUAUAGGGACAAAGCUCUCAUCUCAACGGUCCAAUCCCACG